UCCACAGCCCAGCAGCGUCCUCAGACCUGUUCUCUGCACCGCCAGCUCAGGACUCUGGCAAAGGAGCGGUGAGGAGCCUGCAGAGUCACACAGUCGCCCUGCCCCCUCAAACUGUGACAUGGAGAGAGUGACCCUGGCCUUUCUCCUACUGGCAGGCCUGCCUGCCUUGGAAGCCAAUGACCCGUUUGCCAGUAAAGAAGAUCCCUUCUACUAUGACUGGAAAAACCUGCAGCUGAGCGGGCUGAUCUGCGGAGGGCUCCUGGCCAUUGCUGGGAUUGCGGUGGUUCUGAUCCUGUACCUGAGAAGGCCACCCUACUCAUCACUCCAGGCUCUGCCACUACCUGCUGAGCACAGGACUGGCUUCCAGGGAUGGCCUGAAGCCCAACACUGGUCCCCACUGCCUCCUCCCCUGGGAGGCCUUAUCCUCCAGGAAGGACGUCUCUGCAAGGGCACGCUGUUAGGCGUCUUUCUGAUCAGGAGGCUUCUUUAUGAAUUAAACUCGUCCCACAUCCCCUCUUCUGUAGUCUUGUGAUCAUCUUUGCCUCUG